AUGAAACUCCACUCGUUAUCUCUCAGCUUAUUCUCGCUGGCUUCAACAGCAAUCCAAGCUGCUGAUGUUGUUUUUUCAAACAUUUCAAGCUCAGAUGUUUCUUUAUCUUCAGACUUUUCAAGUUCAGCAAGCGAUUCAUACACUUCAACUCCUUCUGAUGUUUGUUUCUUACCCUUCACUGUGGAUGAAUGCCGCGAUACCUGCAAAUACUAUAACCAACUUAAAACUUCUCUCGCUUGCACGGAUGUCGAUCUUCACUAUGUUUGGCUACUCGCUUGUGUCACCUGCGGUAAAGAGUCUCUGGUGGGCACCGCUGAUGAAGCCCUCUAUACAACUGCUUUGGAAACUAAGGACCAGUGUCUCACAAAUGACUAUCCAGUUUCUACAUGCCCAAAUAACAAGUAUCCAGAUCUUGUCAUGCUUGCCAUUGGAUAUCCCCUUGGAUCUUGUAAGCCUGUUUCUGAUAGAUCUUCUUGUUUGGCCUCAUGCUCUGAUGCAUUUUCUGCCAUUUCAAAAACCUCAUUUAAUCAAGUCUUGGAUUCUUCAACUGAUUACUGCAGCUGGGCUGUAUGUAUGGACUGCUACACCAAUUACAAUGACUUGAGAUACAUGAUGAUUCCUUCACUUAUUCAAUACAUCACCGGCCCCAAUGAUGAAACUACUGAAGAAUACGAAAGUACCAUUACUUCUUCUGUUAUAAUCAGUAGCACUACUUCUGGACCCGUUCUUACUACUUUUGACUCGGAUCCUUACUACUGCCCGACUUGUGAAACCACUUCAAAUAGUUAUCAAGAUGAAAUCACAACUUCAUUAAACACCACAUAUGAACCAACCACUACCUUUAACUCAUCUCCUCAUCCUAAACCUCAUUUUCCUACUUCCCUUCCAGAUUGCGAUUUUUGUAUCACCACGACUAUCACUUCUCCUGGCUAUACUACUAUCACAAAGGUUGACAAAGGCAAGACCGUUACUGUUACAGAGCCUUGCGAAACUACAUUCACUUCUGUUAUCACUCCAUCUGAGUCAGUUAAGCCUCCUACUACUAAAGCUGGUCCUGGAUAUAAGUCAACAAUCACUGUCACUGAGCCUUGCGAUGUUUGCAUCACCACCACUGUUACUUCCACUGGAUAUACCACUGUUACAAAGGUUGAGGAAGGCAAGACUGUGACUGUUACUGAACCUUGCGAGACUGUUUACCUGUCUAUUCAUCCCAAGCCCACUGCAAUCAUCAAAUCCACUGUUACUGUCACUGAGUCUUGCGAUGUUUGCACCACCACCACUGUUACUUCCUCUGGAUAUACUACUGUUACCAAGGUUGAAGAGGGCAAGACUGUGACAGUUACAGAGCCCUGUGAAACAGUUUACUUGUCUAUUCAUCCUAAGCCCACUGCAACCAUCAAAUCCACUGUCACUGUCACUGAGUCUUGCGAUGUUUGCACCACCACCACUGUUACUUCCUCUGGAUAUACUACUGUUACAAAGGUUGAGGAAGGCAAGACUGUAACUGUUACUGAGCCUUGUGAGACUGUUUACCUUUCUAUUCUGUCUCAGCCUUCUGCAACUACCACCAAGGUAUUUACUUCUCCUCCCAAGGAAAAGACCAUCACUCUUGAAAAGGGCAAAACAACCACAGUGACUGAGCCGUGUGAUGAAUGCACUACCCAGUAUGUGACAUCAUCUGGCUACACCACUGUCACAAAGGUCAGUGAAGGAACUACUGUAACUGUUACUGAACCUUGCGAAACUACAAUCACCCAGGUUGUUGUUCCAGAAAAUCCAACAAAGAGUGCUCCUGCUGUCACUUCUUCUUCUUCCAAGACCUCAGCUCCUCCUGCCUCUAAACCUGCCACUGAGAGUUCUGCUUCUCCUUCCGCCAAGACAGAGGUUCCUUCCAAAGAGCCUUCGAUUACUUCUAGUGUUCCACAAGUGACAGCUCCUUCCAAGGAAACAUCUGAUUCAAUUGCCCAAGUUCCUACAACCACAGCUACAACUACUCUUGAGCAAGUAAACUCGGGUGUUGUUAACCAAGUUUCUGUGGCUGCCUUUGUCCUUAUUAUGAUUUCCCUUAUACUUUAA